AUGGGUCAGCAAGUUACCAAAGACAUACGCUCACGAUUGGAGCACCAGACUUUGGAAGAAUUGCUUAUUAACGACAAGUAUGUCGAGGAGCUUGAGCGGCAUCUGUUAAGGCUUCCAAAUACAUCCCAUAACAAUCUCGCGAAGAUCUUAGCAUCAUGGGAGAAAGCUCUAUCAAAGAGCAGUAUUUCAAGAUCCCAGUCCAAUCAGCCGCCCAAGGGUUGGAUUUCAUCGGUCAAGGACAGGAAUUCCCGGUCAUACAAGCUCGGUUCAUUAUGGUCACUUCAAUCCCAAGACAUCGACAUCCCUCAGAACGUUGCCGACGUUCUCAAACAAAAUCCCCGGAAUCUUUUACGCCAGACGUCCAAAAACGGUGUCGGCCUUCAAUCUCCGUCUGAUUACUAUGAAUACACCUGCAAUGUGGAAACAGAUCGCAUCCUUUGCAAGAUCUUAUGGAGAUUUCUGACGACUUUCUACUAUGACCUCAUCUCAGAGCUCGACGCUACAAAGAAUCUGCUUUCCAAAACUGAAAAUGGUGGUGUCGCCUUUGUGGUUGCCGUAAUUUGUCAAUCAGGAAAGCAUGACCGCGAUAUCGUUCGGGAAAAAGUGAUAGGCUGGGCGAAGAUAGGUCGAAGAUACCGCGGAUUCAUGGAUGCGCUAUGUUCAGGAUGCUUAUUUCUGUUUCCUGAGAAAAUCAGCGAUCUCGUCUGGGAGACGUAUGUGCCUGUUAAAGGGAGCGCGUUUGCCAAGGUUACCCAGUUUCUUCGAGAAAUUGGUAUUGUUUGCAAAUGCGAGGAAGAAGGCUGGAAUGAUUUGAGCGACCAAAUCUUACAAACCUUACGCGAACCUUUUCGGAGUCUCGUCCCUUUUCAAGUUCAGCCUAGCCAGCAAUCUCAAUUCCGAUGGGCUGGGAAACCCUCGCUUGCGUCAGCUCCAAGCGAUGCCGAUAUACAUAGACAUGAAUCAAGACCUCAACCAAGGCAAGGCCCCAAUCGCGUAGUCAAAAGGACUCGAAAAAAAGGUCCUGCAUCCGUGAGGCAACAGCUGCAGAGCUUCACCGGAGAUCUUGCGGCUCACCAGGCGCCUCGUGCGGAAAAGAGUUUUCCAUUGGUGGCUUGCCAGAGUCACCAUGCGUCAAGAGCUGACAGGUUUGAGACGCAAUAUGACACUCAUGGAGUAGAUCCUCAGGGUCAGUUGCCUCGAAAGGAACGAUGUUGGGCAUCAGCUCCCAACCGUGCUCGGCAGUGGCUCCUAUCAUCUCAGUUAUCUACCAACGAUCGAGAACGAGAUUCACUAAAUGAAAUCUCACUGAACGCAGUGAACCAUGACGUGGAUCAGCAGCAGAGAACAGGGAAAUCAAUUACCGAUACUUUGGGACCUGAGAGAACAGGCUUUGGCCGUAUCAGCGCUCUUUUGAAUGAUGAUACCAAUGCUUCAGCCAUUAGGGCGAUUCAGUUCGAGAAACAUAUUCUUGAACAAAUAGUUCUCGGACGAGCUGCCGAUAUUCUGGGUGAAAUUUGGUUCGGUAGCCCGCCGGGGUUUGUGCCGUUCGUUUCACUAAGACUAUCGGGAGCAUUGCGAGAUAUUAUUAAGCUAUCUGGUCAAGAGGUCCUUAUGCCUGAACCUUCUCCGGAUACUGCCAGGACAUUUACAGGUGUAUACUCAAUCGAAUUUGAGUGUUUCAGACAAUUGAUUCAACGCGAUGGGUUUGGUGCGAUAUUUUGGAACGAAUACGGGGGAGAAGCGUUCGUAGCGAUGCAAGUGUUGGAUAAGGAACUGAUAGAGGCGUUUAUUCAAGCAAGCCAGGCCACUAUUAGCGUCCUUCCGAUGUUGGAUACUGUUACAACUGGCAAUUCAGCCUAA